AUGCUCGCUGCCCGCUCCUCCUCCCGCGCCACGGUGGUCGCUCUCGAGCGCCUCGCCGCUACGCCCGCGACGGGCCGCCUCGUGCUCCGCUCCCUCUCGACCUCGGCCCCCGCUUGGGCCGACAAGCUCAAGCGCACGCCGCUGUACGACUUCAACGUCAAGAACGGCGGCAAGAUGGUGCCCUUUGCCGGGUGGGACAUGCCGCUGUCGUACGGCGACGUCGGUCAGGUCGCGGCCCACAAGCACGUCCGCGAGAAGGCGGGCCUGUUCGACGUCUCCCACAUGCUCCAGCACGAGUUCACCGGCGCCGGCGCGCAGGACUUCCUCAUCUCGCUCACGCCGACGUCGCUCGACAAGCUGGCGAACAACACGAGCUCGCUGUCCGUCCUGCUCAACGACGAGGGCGGCAUCAUCGACGACACGGUCAUGACCAAGCAGGCCGAGGACGGGUCCAAGUGGUACGUGGUCACCAACGCCGGCCGGUCCGAGGAGGACGUUGCGCAUCUCAACGCCAAGAUCGACGCGUGGAACGCCGCACACCCCGACAAGCCGGUCAACUGGAAGAUCCUCGAGGGCUACGGCCUCGUCGCGCUCCAGGGCCCUAAGGCCGCCGAGGUGCUCCAGGCGCUCACGGGCGCCGACCUGUCCGCACUCAAGUUUGGCGGCUCGCUCUUUGCCGAGAUCGGCAAGAACAAGGUCCGCUGCCACAUUGCCCGCGGCGGAUACACUGGCGAGGACGGCUUCGAGGUGUCUAUCCCGCCCGAGCACGCCGUCGGCGUCACCGAGGAGAUUACCGCCAACCCCGACGUCUGGCUCAUUGGCCUCGGCGCGCGCGACUCGCUCCGCCUCGAGGCGGGCAUGUGCCUCUACGGCCACGACCUCGACGAGACGAUCAGCCCUGUGGAGGGUGGUCUUGCGUGGCUGAUUGGCAAGGACCGCCGUACCCCCGAGACGGCCAACUUCCCCGGCCAGAGCCGCAUCCUCGCCGAGCUCGGCAAGCCCGGCCCCUCGCGCCGCCGCGUGGGCUUUGUCAUUGCCGGCUCGCCGGCGCGCGAGGGCUCCAAGAUCUUCGACGCCGACGGCAAGGAGGAGAUUGGCGUCGUCACCUCUGGUAUCCCCUCGCCCACGCUCGGCACAAACGUCGCCAUGGGCUACGUCAAGAACGGCCACCACAAGAAGAACACAAAGGUCCAGAUCGAGGUCCGCAAGAAGCUCCGCGAGGCCACUGUCACCCCCAUGCCCUUCGUCCCCACCAAGUACUACAAGUAA